UGGGAUACUUUUGUCCCGUACCAUAAUGACAAAUCCAAUGGGUCGUGAUGGAACUACACGUACUUUCCGUUGACAGCGGCGGCGCUAGUAGUAACUCUAUGAUAAAAAGUGCUUCCAGUAUGGUGUUUGUUUAGUUUCGUGGUUGUUUUAAUUUAAUUUGAAUUUAAAAUGGAAAAAAUAACAGUCGCGCAAUUGAAAAAACAAUUGAAAGACCUGGGUGAGAAAGUGUCAGGUACCAAAUCGGUAUUACUAGAACGGUUAAACAAUGCUCAACAGAAAAAUGCUACUACACCGUCCGUGAUCACCGUUGCCGGUGAAACUACCACAAUCGAUGGCCUAAGAUCAUUGCCAUUGCCAAAUUUAACCGAUAAAGGAACGACGGUUAGUGCUGUCAAAAGCCCAGUCAGUGAUCAAGUCAAGAUUGUCCCGGUCCACGAAUCUGUUACGAGAAAGCGGUUGAAGACUAUUCAAAAUGAACCGUCCGUGAUGAAUAUCGCCGGUAAGACCACAGUUGAUGGUCUCAAAAAUCAGCUACGUGCUAUGGGUGCAAAAGUUUCUGGCAACAAAUCUGUUCUCCAAGAGAGGGUGAAGAAUUGGCAAGAGAACAAUGUCACUCGACCGUUGUUCGAGAUUAACGUAAUCGAAGAGGACAAAGAAAAUUUUCCGACGAACAUGAAAGACGAAAAUUUAUGGGGGACAAAGAAAAUGAAAUGGAAAAUUAAACAAGUCACUUUGGGACACAACCGAGAUUUUCAUUCGCCACUCUUUGAGUGCAGAGAGAUAAUUUUCUAAUUUAUAUCCGAUGCGGUUUCCAUUAUGUUACAGAGGCUUUUUUCUGUGAUUUCCGUUUCUAAUUUAGACGUGACCAAGCUUAAACUGCUAGAUACUCAGCUAUUUCGUAUGGCGAGCUAUGUAACCAAAUGUGGAUGUCAGUACACACUUUUAGAUUCCUUUCGCUUUCAUUCGAAAACAAACGUUCACACAUUUUGAAUGGAAGUUCAGGUCAAUUAUAUUUUUAAUAAUUACCUCGCAUUUUACAUGUCUGAAAAACAAUUUUGAUAAUCUGAAUAAUCAGCUCGAGAGCACUCCCAUUAUCGCCUAAUCCUCUGCAUUAGUCAACGUAAAAAAAUUAUGAAGAGAAACGAUGAACAAAUUAGUGUGUGCUUUGGACUACUACACGGAUGCAAUGGUAACUAGCCACAAUGUCGCUGCGACAUAAAAGUAAAAUCAUAAAUCUUAUUCUAAUCGAACAGUGCUUCUUAGAAUUAGAAUUUUUUUUCUUUUGUCGGUAAAAUACAAAUAAAUAAAAAGAAAAAACUGCCAUAAAGACAGCGAUCAGAGUAAAAUUCUUGAAUUGCAUGGAUAAUUUUGUUCACCAAAUUGACGAAACUGGAUGGAACACAUUACAUCGAGGCCUAUUUUUGGGAAUUUAAUUCUUGCAAACUCUGCAUAAAACUCUUAAAAAAUUCCUUAAAAAUCCAAAUUUUUUAAAUUUAUGAAUUAAUGACUUUUUUGAUUUUUUUUAGAAUAUUAAGGAAUAAAAUUCUUUUAAAAAAAUAGAGCCGGUCCUGCAAUGUACAACGUAGAGUCCACAAACACUAAUCCAAUUUGGUGAACAUUUUAUCGAUGCAAUUUUUUUUAUGGAUUUCUUAUUCUGCCAGAAACAUUUUAAAUUGAAUUUCGAAUUCUUUGUCGAUUUUCGUUGGUAUUUAUUUUGGGAAAACAUUUAAGGAAAAAAUGAUUUGUGUUUUGUUUUGGGAGAAUUCGAAGAAGAAAAAAAACGAAGAAAAUCUGAACUACAGUCAGAGGCAGUGAAAUUUCAGCAUGAACUUGCUACAGCUGUUUUUCAGUUGAUCCACACAUACAAUAAAAAUUGGUUAACACGGUUGAAGCUACAUGCACGCCCGUGGUAGUGGUAUAGACAGACAUUUUCGAUUGUUUGUGUAGAUCAGCUGAAAAACAGAUGAAGUAAAUUCAUGUUGAAAUUUCACUGCCUCUAACUGUAUGAAACAAAAUUUAUGAUUUUUAAUGAUUUUUAAUUUAUAAUUGUGCAAUUGUGAUAUAAGAAAAAUUAAAAAAUUUCUUAAAAUUAAUAUUUAAUCUGUAAUAUGAAUGGUGAGACCAAACUAUCUAAGGAAACGUGUGAUAUAAUAAAAAAAAAAGUUUUAAAAUAAAAAGUAAAAGUAAAAAAAAAAAAACAAAAAAAGAAAAAUACGAAAAAAAAACAUAAAUUGAAUUAUAGAA